GAUUUUUUUCUCUCAAACAAAAAUAACUUGAAGGUUUUUUAAGACAAAAUAAAAAAGGUAUUUUAUUUUCUACUUCGCACUUCACUAUAUUUAAUUAUAGUAAAGACGAUUGUUUUCUAAAUAUGUUGAUUUAUUUUGAAGUAUACUUUAAGCAAUAUACAAUUAAUUAUAUAUCUCGUAAGAGUCUUAUACUUUUUGAUGAAUUUGGCAACGUGCUGCUACAAAAGUAUUCUUCUUCUCUGCGUUGAUGGGCUAAAUUCGUAGACUAUCUACCCAGGUCUAGACCAAAUUUAUUAUAAAAAAAGACGAAGAAAAAACGCAUCGUUUACUUCCAAAGAAAGACGUUAACAACUUUGUUAAAAACUAAAAAUGGUAAAACUAACUGCAGAAAUUAUUCAAAAUUCUAUGCAAUACAUAAAUCCAGUUAAAGAUAGAGAACUGGAUUUAAGAGGAUACAGAAUACCUGAAAUUGAAAAUUUAGGUGCUACUGGUGAUCAAUAUGAUACAAUAGAUUUUUCCGAUAAUGAUAUCAGGAAAUUAGAUGGUUUUCCUUUUCUACAACGAUUAAAGUGUUUACUUUUGAACAAUAACCGCAUUGUUCGUAUUGGGGAACAUCUAGAAGAGUAUAUACCAAAUUUGGAAAGUUUAAUAUUGACUGGAAAUCAAAUUGAAGAUUUAGGUGAUAUUGAUCCUUUAGUUACUUUAGAGCAACUUUCUACCUUAAGUUUAAUGUUCAACCCUAUUACAUCUAAGCAGCACUAUAGGUCAUAUGUCAUAUACAAACUUCCUCAAUUAAAAUUACUUGAUUUUCGAAAAAUUAAAUUGAAAGAAAGAGAAGAGGCUAAAGCUUUGUUUAAAAGUAAAAAAGGAAAGGAUAUACAAAAAGAGAUUGCUAAAAAAGCAAAAACAUUCGUACCUGGAGGUUCUGUUAACAAUGUAGCUAGGAAUAAAGGUUUGAAUGAUGAAGAAAUCAAAAUGAUAAGAGAAGCUAUCAAUAAAGCCAGUUCGUUACAAGAAGUAGAAAGGUUACAGAAAAUACUACAAUCCGGUCAAAUUCCCGGAAACAUUUUUGAUUCACGUAAGAUAACUGAAAUACAUUUUUUUUUUAAUAUAAAUACCAACCCUUUCAGACAUAUAGCAUACAUAUAAUUUUAAAUAUUCCUUUCUCUCAGUCUAUCAUUAGUUUGAAUGUCUGGGUACUAAACACACCAACCAGGAUAUAAUGUGAUGGAGUCAUGUUAGGUUAGUGUUUUCAAGAUUGUUGAAUCCAUUUCAAGUACUAGUCAGAUUAUCUGACAUUAUGUAGGGAGACCCUCUCAAAAGGCAAAUUUCAACUCUGAAUCAAUAUUUCUACAUAUUAUACUCUGUACUUCAACAUUCAUAAGGAACUGCUUGAUCCUUAAUUUUGGAUAUAAACAAGUGGUCUGUGGUAUGUGUCUGAAAUGGUUCGGAAGUAAAAAUUUUUGUCAAGAUAGAAGUUACGUUUUGAUAAAUUUCCAGGAAAUCAAAAUGGAGGGACUUCGAUGGAUUACGAAUAAAUAUAUUUUUUCUCGGAUUUACUGAUUUAAUUUUUGUUUGGUAUUCAAACUGAUAAGAACAUUGUACACACUGCGGCGAUAAAAUAAAACAAAUUAUACCAAAAAAGGUUGAGAAGCGAUUUUUUUUUAAUUUUUCCACAGAUAUAAUUUUUCUACUUCAUCUGUCACAACAUACGACAAAAUUAACAAAUCCAUAUAUUUUAGGUUUAUUAAUGUCAAAUGACAUUUAAAACAUAACCUCUAAUAUCACUUCAACUUCUAUAACUACAAUUUCACAGUUAAUACUUCUUUCUCUUUAUGAAAUAAUCGUGACUCUGUCUUCUUUCUUCCGUUUUUGUUUUCAAACUUUGGAUUUCUUCUUAUUUUCCUCAUAUUUUUACCCUAUAAUUGUGACUAAAAGUGAUUUUUCUGGAAUUAUUCUUUUUCAUUACGUUUGAUAUUUACAGUCAUUAACCUAACUUUAUUUUUUCAAAUGGAAUAGUGUCAUCGUACCACAUUUUUUUGUUUAGGGUCGUAACAAUAUUUGAAAAUCGUUUAUUUUGUAAGUUAAUAUUUCUUCUUCUUUUCCUCAUAAUUUUCAUCCAAUAAAUAUGACGGCGAUUUUCUUGCAUUUCUUCUUUAUUAUUACGUUUCACUUUGACGGCUAUACAGUGAUAUAACCUAACUUCUGUUAAAUGUGAUUAUGUCUAAUUAGGGCCGUAACAUAUUUUGUGUGAUUAAGAAAGCUUUCAGGAACAUAAAAAUUUUUGAUUGGUAUUCUAAUUACCAAAGUAAACAUUUGAUUUGGUAAGUAUGAGUAUAAAUCGAGUGAAUAUUUAGAUAGUUCGUAAAAUAUUGACAAGGUUUUUUACUACAAUUCUGGAUAGAGAUAUAAAAAAUAAUCUAGAUUAUGAGUA